GCGGCGGUGCCGUGCGUGCGGUGCGGGCCGCUCCGCGCUGUGCGGGGAUGCGGGGUGCGGGGCCGGGCGGAGCGGCCGCCCGCGGGGCGCUGCUGUUGUUACCGCUCGUAACGGCGCUGUGGGUGCGGGCGGACAACGUCCAGCCUUGUGUCCCGCCCUGCUCGUGCCGCCGCGGCCUGUUGGAUUGCAGCCGGCAGCGCCUGAACAACGGGCCGGGCCUGAGGAGGAUCCCGCCGCUGCCCGACGGCAUCACGGCGCUGGAUUUAAGCCAUAAUCACAUCUUGUCAUCCAACUGGAGCAUGGAUUUAUCUGCUCACACGCUGCAAGAAGUGAAAAUGAAUUACAACGAGCUGAGCGAAAUUCCAUAUUUUGGAGACACGACUUCUAAUAUCACCCUGCUCUCAGUGGUGCACAAUGCCAUUCCAGAAAUAAACGCUGAGCAGCUCCAAGUUUACCUUGCAUUGGAAAAUCUGGAUCUGAGUUCCAAUCUUAUCUCAGAAAUUAAAGCUGCUUCUUUUCCACGGAUGCAACUGAAGUACCUGAAUCUGAGUAACAACAGAAUCGCCACCCUAGAAGCAGGCUGUCUCGAUAACUUAUCCAGCUCUCUCAUAGUGCUGAAGCUGAACAGAAAUAGGAUUAGUGUGAUUCCACCAAAGAUCUUCAAAUUGCCUCACGUUCAGUUUCUGGAACUGAAAAGGAACCGGAUUAAAAUUGUGGAAAGUCUUACAUUCCAAGGCCUGGAGUCCCUAAAAUCCUUAAAAAUGCAGCGUAAUGGGAUUAGCAGGCUCAUGGAUGGAGCAUUCUUUGGCCUCAGUAGUAUAGAAGAAUUAGAACUGGAACAUAAUAACUUAACAGAAGUAAACAAGGGCUGGCUGUAUGGUCUGCGGACACUGCAACAACUCUUCGUUAGCCAGAAUGCCAUUAACAAGAUCAGCCCAGAUGCGUGGGAGUUCUGCCAAAGACUUGCUGAGCUAGACCUGUCAUACAACCAGCUAACUCGCCUCAGGGAAUCUGCCUUCGUGGGACUUGGUUUGCUGGAGAAACUGAACCUGGGAGACAAUCGCAUCAGUCACAUUGCUGAUGGUGUCUUCAGAGGUCUGACAAACCUUCGAACCUUGGACUUGGGGAACAAUGAGAUCUCCUGGGCCAUAGAAGAUGCAAACGAAGCAUUUGUGGGACUCAGCAGGCUGGAUAAACUAGUCUUGCAAGGAAAUCAGAUUAAAUCAAUUACGAAGAAAGCGUUCUCUGGUCUUGAAGGACUUGAGCAUCUAGAUUUAAGCAACAACGCAGUGAUGUCCAUCCAAGAAAAUGCGUUUGCCCAGGCUCAACUAAAGGAGCUGAUUUUGAACACUAGCAGCUUGCUCUGUGAUUGCCAGCUGAAGUGGCUGCCACAGUGGCUCACUGACAGUCACUUACAGCAGGCUGUGAACGUCAGCUGUGCUCACCCUGAGUGGUUAGCAGGGCAAAGCCUGUUCAGUGUGGACCCCGAUGACUUCAUCUGCGAUAACUUCCCUAAACCACAGAUACGAGUACAUCCUGAGACCACGAUCGCUCUGCGUGGCAUGAAUGUGACUCUGACCUGCACUGCUGUGAGCAGCAGUGAUUCACCCAUGUCCACUGCCUGGCGUAAGGACAGCGAAGUGCUGUAUGAUGCUGAGGUUGAGAAUUUUGCCAGGUAUCAGCAGCAGAGUGGUGAGGUAGUUGAGUACACCACUGUCCUGCACCUUUUCAAUGUGAAUUUCACCGAUGAAGGAAAAUAUCAGUGCAUUGUCACCAAUCACUUUGGCUCCAACUAUUCCGACAAAGCCAAGCUGACUGUUAAUGAGCUGCCUUCCUUCCUGAAAACCCCCAUGGAUCUUACAAUCCGCACUGGUGCUAUGGCCCGACUGGAGUGUGCUGCUGAGGGCCACCCCACUCCUCAGAUCUCCUGGCAGAAAGAUGGAGGCACAGAUUUCCCUGCUGCACGAGAGAGGAGGAUGCACGUCAUGCCUGAGGAUGAUGUGUUCUUUAUUGCAAACGUGAAAAUAGAAGACAUGGGCAUCUAUAGCUGUAUGGCACAAAACGCUGCCGGUGGUUUGUCAGCAAAUGCUACACUGACUGUAUUGGAAACUCCUUCCUUUAUUAGGCCCUUGGAGGACAGAACAGUAACCAGAGGUGAAACUGCUGUCCUGCAAUGCAUAGCUGGUGGCAGCCCUGCCCCUCGCCUCAAUUGGACUAAAGAUGAUGGACCUUUGGCAGUCACAGAGCGGCAUUUUUUUGCUGCAGCCAAUCAGCUCCUCAUCAUCGUGGAUGCUGGGCUGGAGGAUGCUGGAAAAUACACGUGCAUUAUGUCCAACACGCUGGGCACUGAGCGUGGGCACAUUUACCUAAAUGUGCUGGCUUCCCCCAACUGCGAUUCUUCCCAGAGUGGCAUUGUCCAUGAGGAGGAUGGUUGGACAACAGUAGGAGUUGUGAUUAUUGUCGUGGUUUGCUGCGUUGUGGGGACUUCCCUGGUAUGGGUUAUUGUGAUCUACCACAUGAGGAGGAAGAGUGAGGAUUACAGCAUCACUAACACAGAGGAGAUGAACCUACCUGCUGACAUUCCCAGUUAUUUAUCCUCCCAAGGAACGCUGUCAGAGCCUCAGGAAGGAUACAGUAACUCAGAGGCAGGAAGCCAUCAGCAGCUCAUGCCUCCAGCCAGUAGCUACGUGCACAAAGGCACAGAUGGUGGCACAGCACCAUUGGUGAUCUGCUCUGACUGUUACGACAACGCAAACAUCUACUCCAGGACGCGGGAGUACUGUCCCUAUACCUAUAUCACAGAAGAGGACCCCCUGGAUCAAACUCUCCCUAACCUCAUGGUGCAGAUGCCAAAGGAAACAUACCCAGCACACACCCAGCAUGAAACCAACGCUCUUGAUAACGUUUUUGGAGACAGAGACAUGUCUGUCUUCCUUACCAGUCACGACAGAAUAAGUGAGAAGAAAAUCUCUUCCCAACAGAUGAAUGAACCCUUUCAGCUUCCCUUAUGGGCACUAAACAAAGACCUGGCUCUCUCCCACUCCCACUUUCUGCAUCAGCAGUCAGCUCGUGAGGCCCCGCGACCUCUUCGAACUGAGGGUAUCAUUGACAGCGAGCGGGAGCAAGCUGCUUCCCCCAGACCCUUCCACAGGUUACGUGAGCAUAACUUUGAUUUUAAUAGGACACGGAACAUUCGUGACUAUAGUGAAACCACGUAGGGCACGAGAAUGAAGUCUUGGAAGCAAAUCUGUAUCAGCUGACUCGUAUUUACUACCUCAGGACUAACCUCUAGGCCAAAGAUGCUUUAGAACGUGUGUCUGCAAUUCCAGGCUGCCUGGGCUGAGGCAGACCCAGUAGCAGGAGGUGGCACUACCCUUUUUGCUUGGAUUCCUGUGUGCUGGAAGGUGGGACAGAACACACAGUGAUUAAUGAUUAGCACUACAACAUGGAUUUCCUGACGUUGGGAACAGCCUUUGUGUUGGUGCAUGCUUUGAAAACCUCUCAAGAAUGCAUAGCUAUUUCACACCACAUUGUCUGCUUGAAAACAAAUGUUCAGGGCCUCCUCAUGGAAUUCCCCAGUAAUUGUAAGCAUAAAACUCUUGGCCAGCUUUUUGUUCCUCGGUCUGUUGGCAGACAUUUGUUACCAGUCUCACUUUGGGGUUGUUUUUCCCCUGUGAAAAAACAAACUCUAGUUGUAAAUAAAGUUGCAUUUAUAAAUAUUUUGUACACACUAAGCAUAGAAAUGCCUUGGCUGUAUGUAAAUAUAUUUUUUAUUAUGCCAAAGUAUGUAUUAUACUUUUGGUCUGACAGCUGCAUAUCAAGCCAUAAUUUGUUCUGUGGGAUGGAAAGCUCGUUUCUGAAGGGAUAAAGACUUUGUUUUGGGCAGAAGUGAAUUUACUGUUAUAGGUACGUUGUAAAACUGUGAUACUGAUGAAUUUCAUUGUUACGUACAACUGUGUGCAUUGAGCUUGGCUGACCUGCCUGCGAGCUGAUCUGUUUUGUGAGCAGAAUUCCAAGUCUGACCGCUUUAUGUGGCAAGUCCUUAAGUUUCUAUGUUAGGCAGCCUGUCUUUUCCAGUAGAGCAUCAAGCCCAGCAGGCCCUGCACUAACAGUGCUGACCUGCUCCAGCCUCCAGUGUUAUCCAGCUUCCCAGAAGCGUGUAAGUAUUUGACGGGUGAGCUAUUAAACAGUGCAGGGCAGAACCACUAUUGAAAAUCCAGCCCUUGCUGAGAGAAAUGGGAAAGUGCAACAACUUCCCUGGUUACAGAGGGGUAUGCCUGGCAAGAUGAGGAAGGACAUCACAAAGACUUGUUCUGAAAUGUUGUUGUUCUGGGAAAGCAGAUCUCUGUGUACAAGAUGUUGUGGUCCCAGCAGUGAUGGGCUUUUAGAACCCAUUUUUGUUCAGAGCUUGUUGUGCUUUUCAUUGCCUGAAGAGCUCAGGGCUUUCUCAGUCACUGCUCUGUGUUUUCCAAGCCGUGGGCUGCGUAUUGCAGUGAGAGCAGCUGCGUGGUGUAUUUUUAUACAGACAAAAACCUUUUUGGAGCAGCCUGAGCGAGGUUUGUUGGGAUUCCCACUGCUCUGUUCAUAGAUGUUGUGUGUGACUCAGGUAUCAGACAUAAAACCACAGCUGAAACUUUGGAAGCUGGUUAACUGACUGACACAGGUUGAUGCUGGUGUGUAUGAGGAGCACCCAGAGGUGUUCUUAAUGCACAGCUCGGCACUAUGACCAAGUUCACACAAGAUGUGGUUAACAUUGUGCUGUCUGCAGCAGAACGAGCUGAAGCCUGAGAUCUGAAAUGCAUUUAGGAGUUAAAGCUGCACUGAUUUCUAGAAGAACUGACCUAUAAAAGCUGCUGUUGUGAAUUAGGACAUCCUUUCAAGUGGAACCUCUGAAGUCCAUAAGCUAAAUGUAAAUAGCUGAAGCUUGCAGGUAGGCAAACACCUCACAGUACUUAGCAUUGUGGAAAACACUUCCUAGGAAAGCCUGCAUAUCAGGUGUCUCUCCCUAAGCCUUUCCUCUGUGAUGUACAGACAGUGCAGUGGCCGUUCUGUUCUCAGUAAACACAGUUUCUCCAACCAAUGCCAAAGUACUCAUGGCAGGGAAUGGGGGGGGCAAUGUGAUCAAAGCUGCUCUGCUUCCCUGCUGCAAUGUCCUGCUAUUUUUUUCUCACAUAAGAAUGUAUAUUUUGUAUAGCAUGUGUAAUAUAUGUCUGUCUAUUGUAAUAUACAUUCAAUAAAAUGCUAUAUACACUGAG